AAAAAUCCUUUUUAAAAAAAUUAUUAUGGCUGAAUAAGAAUCUGUGGCCACAGUCAAAUUUGCAAACCAACCUAAAUUAUUUGGAAAAUGGGAUUAUGAUGAAGUACAAGUGACAGAUUAAUGCUUCAAAGAUUAUAUUGCAGUUCAAACAUCAAAAUCAAGAGUGUUUGUUCCCCACACUGCUGGAAGGUAUAUAAUUGGCAUAAUAAUGUUCAUAGAUAUCAAAGAAAGAAGUUCAGAAAGGCUUAAUGCCCAAUAGUUGAGAGAUUGGCUGGUGCACUUAUGUUUCACGGCAGAAAUACAGGUAAGAAAGUAAAGGCUGUAGCAAUAAUCAGACAUGCCUUUGAAAUAGUGCAUUUAUUGACAGGCAAGAAUCCACUUGCAGUAUUGUCAUUAGCUGUCUAAAGAGGUGGAGCCAGAGAAGAUUUCACUAAAGUAGGAACAGGUGGUGUCGCUAAAUAAUAAGCAGUUGAUGUUGCUCCAAUUAGAAGAGUUAAUGAAGUAAGGAAUUCAAAUAUAUAAAAAGGCUGUUCACAAUUUAGCCAAGGGAGUCAGAGAUUCUGUAUUUAAGAAGAUGAAAACUAUUGCAGAAGCCUUAGCUGAUGAAUUGAUCGCAGCAUCCAAUGAAGAUGGAUAAAAGUCAUACACUAUUAAAAAGAGAGACGAAUUAGAGAAAGUUGCCAAAACCAAUCGUUGAUUACGAUCAUUAAUUAUAUUUUAGUACAAUAGAAAAUAAACAUAUUUCAAUAAU